GUUUGGACUUCUGUCUCUCAUGGGCCACGAGGCUACCUAUUCACAGGAAGUUAUUAUAUAUAGCUCAAAAAAAGGACUCAAUUCAGGUGUGGGCCGGCCCAUUCGAGAUUUAGAAAAUUGAUUAUUAUAUAUAACAGCUUUGAACAUUUCUGAUAACUUUAGGCACAUAUUUUUUCUAUGUCCGUAUGUCCUCUUAAAUAAACUAUGUCUUUAUUUAUCAACAGACAUAAGCACACACUUGCCUGAAAUGGCAUAAAGUAACUUCAACAAGAAGGCGUGUAGCUCACAGGGUAAAGAUAAAUUGGGGAAAUGACCUGUAAUGAAUGUAGAAGGGCAGACAUUUUGUAUGCUGUAGAAAUAGGGCAAAGGGAAAUAUUGACUCUUAAUAUGGAGCCCCUCCUCGUGCAGUCUAAUCUAACUGACAUCAGUAUGUACUCUUAUCAGUGGUGCUUGCUGUUUGGCUAAGUGCUCUGCACGGAGCAUGCUCAGGCCAGCUGUAUGUGUGUGUGUGUGUGUGUGUGUGUAUGUGUGGGUAUUAGUGUGUGUGUGUGUGUGUGUGUGUGUGUGUGUGUGUAUUAGUGUCUGCCUGUGUGUUAAUGUGUGCUUUUGUGAGUGUACAGUAUGUUAAUAUGUCAGGGACUGUAAGUCACUCCUUCUGAUUAUGACCCAUGAGGAGGACCUUGGUGUCCUCAUCUUUACCGUCUGAAGACCCUUGUGUGGCGGCCAUCUUGUGUCUCUUCUCUUCCUCUCCAUGGCUUAUCUCAGUGCCAGCUGAUCGUCAACAACACUGGAUGGGUGUAGGCAAUGCAGGGGCAUGCUGAUCAGGCGAGGGCAUCUGCUCCCCCCCCCCGGGGUCAUGUCAGGUCAUUGCGGUGACCUUUGUUGUUGUGCUUUGACAUGUGGCAGCUCUGUGAUGUGUGUUGUUGUUUUGGUGGCCCUCCUGGCACCUGCGUUCUACAGGGGGGAGUGCAGGCCAUGAGGAGGAGCAGUUAGGGGAAGAGUCUGUGAGUCUCAGCCAGGCCUCUAGAGGGCACUCUCACUUGAACCUCACAAUGAUGGCUAUGUCUGUCACAUCAGAACUGCAUCUUUAGUAAAGGAAGAGAAGAAGGGAAGACAGUAAUACACACUAUAGUAAGGACACCAGCUGUGUGGAGGAAAAAGGCAUCACGUGUCUUGGAUGUUAAAAUAAGGAACUAUGCAGAAAAGCUUAAUUUUUUUGUAUAUUAUAAUUUGUAAUGGAGGGCUCGUAUGUAUCUGUGACCUAUGGGCACGGUGUGUUGUCAUUUUGAAUUAUGGGACAUAUGCGUCUCAUAUUCACAGUGAAAUUCAAAUAAGACAUAUCCUCCACUCUAGGAGAAAAUAAUCUUGGCUAUUCUCUAUUGUUUUUAAGUUUGGGGUGUGUGUGCCCGUAUGUGUUUGUGUGUGCGACUGUGCGACUGUGCAUGUGUGUGUGUGUGUGUGUGUGUGUGUGUGUGUGCAAUGUCAGUGUGAGAGAAGCAUAAAUGUGGGUUAGUUUACGGUACACAGAGGCCCAUCCUAUCACUUGGCUUGCUCUCAGACGGGGACAGUGUUUUUUUUAUGUGAGGAUGUCAUGUUGUGCUCUUUUGUGCCUUUGUGUUUUCAUUACUACUGGUUAGUCUGACCUGCAGUGCUGUUGAUGUGGAUGGAAUGAUUUGCUCCACAAAGGGACCCGUGCUAACACUUCUUUGUGAGGACAUGGAGUGCUGGCUCAGUAAAGUACCAGUGACAGCUGAUCCCUCAGAAGCCAACUGCACCAUCUAUAGCCAAGGAGAGGAGCUCUUCUGCAAGCUGACACGGGAGGUGGCCAGUGGGGGCGCUCUGGUGGCCAUCCUGUCCUGGGCCCUCAUGCACAAGACUGUGGCCACACAGUCCCACAAUGCAUCUGUGAAGGAGGAGGCUACCUACCCAGCAGCUCUGCACACAGAGAUCCAGCUCCUGCCACAGCAGGCGGGCAUGGCCGCCAUUCUGGCCACAGCCGUCGUCAACAAGGACAUCUUCCCGUGUAAGGACUGCGGGAUCUGGUAUCGGAGUGAGCGCAACCUGCACGCCCACCUCAUGUACUACUGCGCCAGCCGGCAGAAGCAGCCGGCCGCCUCCUCGCCGCCCCAGGACAAGGCCAAGGAGUCCUACCCCAACGAGCGCGUCUGCCCCUUCCCCCAGUGCCACAAGAGCUGCCCGAGCGCCAGCUCGCUGGAGAUCCACAUGCGCACCCACAGUGGUGAGCGUCCCUUCAUGUGUCUAAUCUGCCUGUCGGCCUUCACCACCAAGGCGAACUGUGAGCGGCACCUGAAGGUGCACACGGACACGCUCAGCGGCGUGUGCCACGGCUGCGGCUUCGUCUCCACCACGCGCGACAUCCUCUAUAGCCACCUGGUCACCAGCCACAUGGUGUGCCAGCCAGGGGGCCGCAGCGACGUCUACUCCCCCAGCCCCGGGGCCCCCAAACUCCCCCUAGCUGCGGGUCUGAGCCCGGGGGAUUCUGGGAUUGUUCUAAAGUGCCAGGUGUGCGGGGCGGCGGCUGACACCCCGGCCCUCCUCCAGCAGCAUGUGCGCACGCACCUGGAGGUGCGAAUGCCCGCCGAGCGCAGCCCCACGCCCCGGCAGGGCACCAACCACUCCACCGCCUCUGUCCAGCACCACCCCCACCAGCCCCAGCCUCAGGACAGGGAGCCGGCCGCCUGCGUGCCCAGGCCCAACUCCUCCAGCCCGGGCACCAACGGGAGCUCCGCCACCCCCCGCGGAGCUUGCUCCCCCCCUGCGGACGGACUGGCCUCCAACGUGAGGGUCAAAGAGGAGCCGCAGUCGGAUGUUGAGCAUGAUUGCAGCGGUGCCGAGAGAGGCGAGGCCGAAGAGGAGGAGGAGGAGGAGGAGGAGGAGGAGGGGGAGAGGAGCAUCAGAGGUCAGGGAAGUCGUCAUGGGGAUCAUAGUGACGGGAGCACCUCGCAGAAGUCCACGUCCCCAAAGAGCCCCGCAGGGGUGGGCGUGGCAGUGAAGGCGGAGCCUACUAGCCCGACCCCUGGCUGUAGUCCAGCCCACACCAGCCCUGGCGGGUCAGCGCUGCCCGGCGGCGCCGUGUUCCUGCCGCAGUACGUGUUCGGCGCCGAGGCGGCCAUGAUGCCACAGGCCUCCGAGAUCCUGGCCAAGAUGUCCGAGAUGGUGCACAGCCGGCUGAAGCAGGGCCAAGGCCAGCUGGCCGCAACAGCAGCGGUGGCGGCAGCGGCAGCAGCCGCCGCCCAGCAGGGCUUUUUCCCGUCCGGCUCUCCCGUACCCGUCCACAAGGGGGCGACCUGCUUCGAGUGCGACAUCACCUUCAACAACAUCAACAACUUCUACGUGCACAAGCGCCUCUACUGCUCCAGCCGGCACCAGCAGAGCGAGCCGCAGGCCAAGGACGUCGCCUCGGCCUCGGCCUCGGCCGCAGCCACCCCUCCGUCCGGCGGGGCGUCUGGGGGCAGCCGAGCGGCGUCAGCGUCCCCCAGCGACACGGAGGCGGCGGCGGUGGGUGGGGCUGCGGAGGGCCGGGCGGUGGCUGAGGUGAAGAACGAGACCCACGGGGGGUCGAGGGAGGGAUGCUCCUCGUCCUCCGAGGGGGAGGGUGGGGGUGCUAGCGGCGGGGGCCGAGGCAGCGAGGGCAGCCAGAGUCCUGGCAGCGGUGGCGCCACCAGCGGGAGUGGAGGAGGUGGCGGUGGCAGUGGAGGUGGUGGUUCCGCCUCGGCGAACGAGGAAGCGGAGGACGACCCGACCCGCACCUUCUGCGUGGCCUGCAACAUCCGCUUCAGUCGCCACGACAACUACCUGGUGCACAAGCGCUUCUACUGCGCCUCGCGCCACGACCCCACGCACCAGCGCGUGCCGCCGGCCGCCAAGGCCGCUGCCUUCCUGCCGCAGCCCAUCCGCACGCGCAAGCGCAAGAAGAUGUACGAGAUCCACAUGGCGCGCAGUCAAGCGUUGGCAUCCAGCUCGCUGGCAUCCGGCUCACCCACUCUGCCAGGCCUGCCCGUCAAACAGGAAGUUGCGGCGGCAGCGGCGGCCGCUACUUCCUCUUCCUCGUCCACGGGGCCCGCGCUGUCGCGUAGCGUCAGCCCCGAGGGCGAGGGUCCCAUCGACUUGAGCAAGCGGCCUCGCGUGCGAGGGGGCUCUAGAGGAUCAGGCGGCAGCGGCGGCGGUGGCAGUGGUCUCCCUGCGCUGCCCCUUUCCGACUACCACAAGUGCACGGCGUGCAGCAUCAGCUUCAACAGCAUCGAGAACUACCUGGCGCACAAGACCUACUACUGUCCGGCCACCACCCUGCAGCCGCACACGCUGGAGCAGCUGCAGCGCCUCAAGCGGCCCGCGUCCACCUCCCCCAAGAGCGUCCACUCCGAGGGACCCACCCCGCCCAAGGUGGCCCCGGCCGGGAAGGCGGCUCUGCUGGCGGGCACCGUCCCCGGUGCCCACCUCCCCUCGCUGCCCGGCUCCGAGGCGUCCACCACGCCUCCGCACGCGGCGCACGCAGUGGCCAAGCUUCCGCCCGCGGGGGUCGCCGUCGCGCCCGUGGUGUGCCCCUACUGUCCGCCGGGUCGGACGCUGACCUGCGACCUGGUGGAGCAUUUCCGCGCCGCCCACGGGCUGGUUCUGACCAUGCAGCAGCAUCUGCAGCAGCAGGCGGACGCUCAGGCGGCGGGGGACCCCGUUAGCCCCAGCUCCAACGCCAGCCCCAGGGACACCUCGGGCCCCAACACCGCCACCACGUCCCCCCGACCCAGCCCGCGCCCUCGGAGGGACAGCAUCAACGGGGGAGCACGCAGGGACGCCCCCGGCUCCCCGCCCUCGCCGCUGGUCAACGGAAGUCCCGCGGGAGUGGGCGGCAUUUCGCCCAAAGCGCCGGUCCCCCAGGCUCUCUCGCCCACAGGGGCUGUUCAGCUGACUGUCUCUCCCGUACCCGAGGCCCCAGGACUCAACCUGGCCCCGCACACGCCCCCCGAAAAGCCCUUCCCCGUCGUAGGUCCCCCCCUUACACCGCUGGCCCCGCCUAAGCCUGUGGUGGGGGCGGUGGCGGUGGCGGCUGCAGGUGUAGCGGUGCUGCAGAACGGGAACACGCGCUACUGCCGUCUCUGCAACAUCAAGUUCAGCAGCCUCUCCACCUUCAUCGCCCACAAAAAGUACUACUGCUCCUCUCACAGUGCAGAGCAUGUCAAAUGAGCUCCACCCCUCUUCUGCCCCCCCCCCUCCCCCCAAGCCCUCACCCAUCCGUCAGACAGACAUGUCCCACCCACCCCCCUUGCCCUGUAGUCUCCUCCCCUUGGCCAGGCAUCUUGCCUGCUACGGCGCACUCAUCACAGUCUGGCUGACUCAGACAGCAUCUGCAAAAGUGGGACUGUUACUAGCCGGGCGCUCAGAGGGGAGGGGGGUUGUCACCGCCUCUUUUGACCCCCACCCCAAUGUCGCUGCCGUUGUUACUAUGGUGACUUUGUUUUGUUUUUUUCUUUCUUUCAUGGGUCAAGUUUGUAUUACACUAAAAGACAGAAGACAUGCUACCUACUCACUCACAUACAUUGUACACCAUUGUAUGGCCAACCUCCAGACUCUUCAUGUCACUGAUACCCAUGCGACUGUGGACCUGCAUAUGUAUGACAUCAUUUCUCAUUGCAGUCGCUCGGCAACAUUUGUUUAAAUCGUUGAAGACUAUGUGGUCCUGUUGUUAAUUUGUUUGUCAUGAGAAUAGCACCUGUCACAAUGUGAGCCAUUGUUUUCACCUGAUCAGGACCACUCACUGUUCUGAAAAAUCCUGCCCCCUAGUGGGGCUAAAGAGAAUUCUAGCGCUCUUUGCUUAGGGUGGGUUUAUAUGAUGUCUCACAAAACGAUGUUUGUUUGUUUUUUCUGACUACAAUUUGAAAGUCAAAGUGAAACUCCUCCACUGAAGUACAGAAUUAGACCGUUUAUGAAGGCUGCCAAUUAUGACGAAAUAUCACUAAAAAGAAAGAAAUAUUUCCUUGUAUGGGAAAAUGUGAAAUAUUUAUCUUUGAGUCCUCACUGAUUUCAAGUCAAACAAAUACUACCUAACAUCUUUGAAAAAAAGUAUAUAUAUAUAUAUUUGUAUUUUUAUUUGUACAUUUUUAUUUCAUACUGUGGAAAAUAACCAUUUCAUGUUUGAUUCAAGUGUGUUUUUUUUUUUCUUGGUUCAUUUUGAAGUGUACAUUUCUUAAACUACCUGUAUGUUCACAGUGGUCACUGGGACGAGGCUGAUCUUGAUGCCCAGUGCGGUCUUCAUCUCCUUACUUCUACGCUUCUAGACUGGUGGUCUGAGGUCUAUGGGGGGUGGGGUCUGUCUCCCCCGGUAUUUGGUCAUUUGUCCUAUAGAGAGGACCAACUGUGGGCUGUUGUCCAUUCUAUGAGAGGGCAGAGAGAGGCUGAUUUGGACAUCUCCAGAUUAACAGGCCUAUGGUGUUUGGGUUUGCACUGUUGUGGGAGUUCUGUGUUAUUUAGUCAAGUGUUCUGUUUGGGUUUUGUGUCUGUCAAUUCUGUCCUUCACUCCUCUUGAAGCAUAAUAUGAAACUCAUUUAAAAAAACUAAAAAAACUGGCAAAUCUGGACGAUAGAUGCCCCCCCCCCCCCCCCUCUACAUUUCUCUUUUUUAUUCACUUGUUGCCAGUUUACAGUCAGGUGGCCCCACAAACCGAAUUGAACAGCGUCACGCAAUCCUCCCUCAUAUGACAGGCUAACCUGACGAAGCCUUAACAAAAGACUCUUUCACACACACUCACACACACACACACACCCAGCUGAUGGGCCACUUCCUCCCAUGCGUCCAAUCACAGAUGCCCACCAAGUGGACUUCCUGUUCGUUACUCGUGAUGUCACCUUACCCCCUCUUCCCAGCCUCGUUCUCCUGUGUUACAAAAGAGAAGUGAACGGACCUCCACCACCUUGUGCUUGAAAACUGGAAACAUGAAAUGUUUAUCCGUGUGAACAAGAGAGAGAGGGCAGGCGGACAUCGGGAGAGAGGACUUGGGGAUCUCUUUGCUGUUGUGUGGUUUUUGAACGGUGCUGUAUCAGUCAUGUUUCCCCGACCCAAAGGAGUGUUUACAGUCUUUGUGAGUCCUCAUUCUUCUCCAACAGAGGGUUUUUUAUUUUCAUUUUAAACUCAUCACGAUUGGAUGAGACCAGUGCUGAAGGAAUGCUAUUUGAACCAUUCACAUCCUCUUUCUAUUGCACUGUGUUGUACAAAAGAAAAAGUGCUGUAUGUUUUAGUUUUAGAUGCUUUUUUGUAUGGUAUUUAUGGUUUUACAGCACUUUUCCUUGUCCACGCCCAUCACUUUGGAGGACACUGAUUGAUGAAUCAACAAACAUAAUUUCAAACACAAACUAACUUUCAUUGAAAUAUUUUGUGAAUAAUAACAUUGAUGACACAAAAAAAAUUAUGAAUGUCAGAGCUUGUUUUCUUUAUUUUUAUUUUUUAAAUCUUCACGUCAAAAAAAGGUUCCACUACACACCUGUCCAAACUAUGCAUGGGAAAUAAAGGGUCCCCUGGGACAUUUCAAAGGGC